AUGGCUCCUCCGAGGCUCCCGCCCAACGCUGAAGGAUACAACACUCCGCAUGGCAUGGGAUACAAUKCAGUCCGCGCGAUCAUCAUCACCUGGCAAGUCCACGACUGGCCCGUCACCACUUUCGCCACCGAGAUUCAGAAUGUGGUCGAUUUCUUUCGUCAGCAUCUGGGUGUCCAAGAGUGCGUGAGAGCAGAGAUACCAGGCGGCUUGGAAGGAAAGCGAAUCGCGACUUGGCUGGACCAUCAAAUAGAAAAUUUUCAACUCAUGUCCAACAAAAGCCCGGGCAAGGCGUUAGACCUGGUGUACUAUUCAGGUCAUGGUCAGACAGUUCUACCGCGCGAGAUGCAGAUGGAUUCCGGAAAGGGGCAAUCAUUCGAGUGGCGGUCGUUGCAGAGGAACCGUGUCUUUUCGGGAGAGAAUGACACCCUGGUGAUCCUCGAUUGCUGUGACGCACAAGGCGCGAUCGGAUGUCUCUUUCAGGGUUGCAAAAUGGUAUUUGCCGCUUGCUCCGCGAACGAGACUACGCCUUGGCCCGGGAAACAUUCCUUCUCGCACCUGUUCAUCCGCGCAGGCCUUUGUCACACAGGACCGUUCUCUUUGCAGGAGUGGGUGACCACCACCGAGAACCUGGCUCGUGCGUAUUCACGCCCGAAGCCUAUCCUUUGGAGCGCGGGAGAUGCUCAAUAUCAAAUGUGCUUCAACCAAUAUCGCUUGAUGGUGCGACUUCCACUGUUCUCCCCGGCGAAGAUGAAAGAGAACCGACUGAUACAAGCAAUCCGCGAGUUGCAAGAACGACUGGAUCAUAUUGGUCAUCCCAGCAAAGUUGGCCUGAGCAAUGUGGAGGUUAAGAAGAUUCUGUCAGACGAGGAGGUAACUGAACCAUUCAACCACAUUGAGCUWCAUCGAGCGAUUCGAAGGAUGCGGGAUCGUACUCUUGAGGUCUUGUUGCUGAAAGUAGGUCUGGCUGAUCCUGAUGAUGGUCAAGGCGAACGAUCUAGCUGA